UCUCAGAGCACAGCUGUGGCCAAAAAUGUGAUCAUCCUGGCUCUCGGCCUCAUCAUUAAUUACAUCAAUGGUACACUGGUUCACACCUUCAGGAAACACCAGAUAUUUUACAUGAAUCCUCGUUACAUCUUGUUCGUCCACCUGGUACUGAACGAUAUGAUCCAGCUCAGCAUGACAAUCAGCCUGUUUGUCUUUAGUUAUGUCUUUUACAAAAUUAAUGCUUCUUUCUGCUGCUUUUUGAUUACCUUUGCCACACUUACUACCAUAAACACACCAUUAAAUUUGGCUGUAAUGGCAGUUGAAUGCUACAUCGCUAUUUGUUUUCCACUGCGACACUCGAAACUCUGUACCAUCAAAAGAACCUACGUCCUGAUCGUCUGUAUUUGGGCUUUGAACGCAGGGUCAAUUGUGCCAGACAUCUUUAUUACUUUAGCAGCAGACCCUCUGUGGCUAUUCUAUUCAACAAUAUUUUGUGACAUGAAUAACCUCUUCCGAGAUCCUGUAAUUUUAGAAAAGAGGGAAGUUUUUUACCAAAUUUGCCUCACUGUAGUUUGGCUAACCCUGCUCUACACCUACUUUAGGAUCUUUAUGGCAGCCAAAGCAGCUAAUUCAGUAGAUGGAAGUUUAAAGAAGGCCAGAAACACGAUCCUGCUUCAUGGUUUUCAGCUUCUGUUGAGUAUGCUGACAUAUCUUUAUCCCUUGGUCCAGAAGGUUUCAUUCCAAUGGUUCCCUCGAUAUUAUAUACAGGUAUAUUUUGUAACCUACAUCAUCAUCCAGAUUCUCCCCAGAUUAAUCAGUCCUGUUGUGUACGGGCUACGAGAUGCAACAUUUAAACACUAUUUGAGAAAGUAUCUGAGAACAAGAAACAGUCCAUAA